AUGCAAAUCUCAAUCACCCUCCUCACUCUCGUCGUUGGCCUGGUUGCCGCCAACCGAGCGGCAAACAACCCGGCAGGCAUUGCUACUGCUGGCGGCGCCAACACCGGCCGUAUUAGCCAGGGCCGCGCUGUUGGUGCUGGCGUUGGCCGCAUCGGCGGUCCCUUUCCCGGCAAUGCCCGUAACACAGCUGGCCGUGCUGGCCGUGCUGGCCGUGCUGGCCGUGUUGGCCGCACCGGCGCUGGGGUCGCUGGCGCCGGCCGCUUUAGAAACGGCGGGUUUCCGAGGACCCCGGGCGGCAUCUUCAAGGAAUAG